GGAAGAGGCAGAAGCAUCAGAGGGCCACAAAGAGGGGCCAGGAGACCCUCCAGGCACACGGGGGCCCAGCCCUGCAGACCAGCUCCCAGAGGAGCCAGGCCGGGCGAGGACCCGGGGCAGGGGCCGGCGCUGGUGGCUCUCUGGGGAGUCCAGACAAGAGGUGUCUGUCUGCCCAGGGUCAGCCAUCACCAGGCCACCCUGCGAUGGAGCUCAGGGCUCCCGAGACCCCGGUGGAUGGGGACCCAGAGGAGGACACGGCUGCAACCCUCCAGCGACUGGUGGAGCUGACGGCUCCCAGGGUGACCCCAGUGAGGAGCCUGCGUGCCCAGUACCGCCUCGUCCGAAAGCUGGGCUCCGGCUCCUACGGCCGGGUGCUGCUUGCCCAGCCUCGCCACGGGGGUCCAGCGGUGGCUCUCAAGCUCCUCCGCCGGGACUCGGUCCUAAGGACCACCUUCCUGAGAGAGUUCUGCGUGGGCCGCUGCGUCUCCUCACAUCCAGGCCUGUUGCAGACCCUGGGGGGGCCCCUGCAGACGCCUCGGCACUUUGCCUUUGCCCAGGAGUAUGCUCCCUGCGGGGAUCUCAGCGGGAUGCUGCAGGAAAAGGGCCUCCCGGAGCUGAUGGUGAAGCGGGUGGUAGCCCAGCUGGCCGGAGCCCUGGACUUCCUCCAUGGCCGGGGGCUGGUGCACGCAGACGUCAAGCCAGACAACGUGCUGGUCUUUGACCCUCUCUGCAGCCGCGUGGCCCUAGGCGACCUGGGUCUGACCCGGCCAGAGGGCAGUCCAACCCCGGCCCCACCAGCGCCUCUACCCACGGCGCCACCUGAAUUGUGCCUCCUGCUGCCACCUGACACCCUGCCCCUGCGGCCAUCCAUGGACUCGUGGGCCCUGGGGGUGCUUCUCUUCUGUGCCGCCACUGCCUGUUUCCCUUGGGACGUGGCACUAGCUCCUGACCCUGAGUUUGAAGCCUUUGCCGGCUGGAUGACCACCAGGCCCCGGCCCCCUCAGCCACCGGCACCUUGGGACCAGUUUGCACCCCCAGCUCUGACCUUGCUCCAGGGGCUUCUGGACUUGGAUCCUGAGACCAGGAGCCCCCCUCUGGCUGUUCUGGACGUCCUGGGGGAUGACUGGGGGUUGGAGGGCGGUGGAGAAGGACCUAGGGACUUGGGGGGGCUGUCCUAUGAAGAUGUGGCAGAAGCGGGGGAGGGAGGAUCAAGCCUGGAGGAGUGCACAGAUGAGGAGGGGGAGGGAGGCAGAGGCGGAAGGAGCAUGGGGACAGGUGGGGGAGCUCCCUGACCAGGUGGCCCAGCCUGGCCACAGGCCUGCCCCCAUCCCCCUGGCCACCUGGAAGGCAGGACAGCAGUUCCCAGGACAGAACAGGAAUACAUUGCACCUUCCCUAAUGAAGGCCAGACUUGGAUGUGCCAAAUCCCCACCCGCAACUGAGGAUCCAGGUGUCCCGGCCCCUGCCCUCCUCCCUCAGGCUCAGGGGUCUGGAGUCCUAGCUCUGUCCUCCCUCAAGGACCCUUCCUUUGUCCCUAGUGUGCCUUCUCAAAGGAAGGCCCCGUUUCCUCUAUAGAUAUGUUUCUGUACUCUGGGGACAAGUUGAAAGUUUGUCAUGGAGUUUGAUGGGACCACUCCUCUCCUCUGAGACUUUGGGUGGCUCCCAGUGGCCAUGACACCAAAUCUGAACUUGGAGGAUCCGACACGACGUCAGUCUCACUUGCACCUCUCCCAUUCCUCGGGCCCUGGGUGUGGUGGUGGAAGUCACUCGUCCACUCUGGACCUGAAUCUACACACGUGCACGCACUCCCCCUCCCUCUCUCUGCCGCAGGGGUCUGCCACCCUGCACCUCCGGAGCCCUGCCCUGGCCUGCUGCAGGGCUGCACACGCCCGGCCGUCUCGGGACCUGGGGUCAGAGCUCUCCGAGUCUGUCUUUCUUUGCCUCCCAUCUCACACUGCCCAGGGUGGGCUUGGUCUUUUCAUUUCCAGAUCCUUCUGGAUUCUGCUCCCAUAGAGCACUGAGCGCCAAGGCUUGUGUUGUUCAACUGCCUUCUGGAGACCGGUCCAUCCUAAGGGCCAGGCUGGUCAGUGGCACUUCUUCUCGCCCCCAGCUGCUCCCUCGGAGCACAGGCCCCAGCUCCCCACAGCUCAGCUCUGCCUGUGGCACCAGCAGGCCCGUCCUGUGCUAUGUCCCGGCACCCGACAGACGGUCAGGGGCUGGACAUGCCCCUGCACAGGAAUUUGCCCUCUCUAGAUUUAAGAGCGAGUCCACUAAAGGCAGUACUGAUUCCUGGACUGGCUCCCGGGACAGGAAAAGGACCCUGGUGGCAUCCCUGGUGGGACCCUGGUGGUGGCCCUGGUGAAAGGACCUGUGUGGAGCUUUAACUUCUUGAUGGGACAUCGGGAGA